GAGAUUUGUCUAUUCUUUUUAACGUAUCAUAUUAAAGAGGAAACGCUUCCUCUUUUAACCUGCUGCGCAAACUUCAAAGGCAGUCAGCCUGGAGGUGGCUGCUGGUCCCAACCCCUUGUGACUUGCCGAGAGAGUGAGUGACUUGCCGCCACUGGCGAGAAACCGGCAGGAUGAUUGCUCGCUCGGGUCGACCGCUCUCUUCCUGACCGCCAGUCUGCCCUCCUCUCUUAUGUCGCUUUGGGGUUCUGUUGGAGAAUGGCUGCCAGGGUUUGGACUCAUAGCUACAGGUCUGCAGCGCUUUUCACCUAUUCCGUGUUUUUCCUUCUGUGGCGUGCCGAAACUCAUGGCAAUCUGGACAGUAGUGAAGUCAUGGAAAGGGACCAAAGCAAAGAGGAGGAUGUGGCCCAUUGGUGGGGAGAGUGGAGCUCCUGGUCCACCUGUAGUCGGAGCUGUGGGGGAGGAGUUAUGUCCCAGGAGAGGCACUGUUUACAACAAAGGCUUAUAAUUUCACAAAGUAAAAAUGGCACUUUUUGCACUGGAUCGCCAAGACGCUAUCACUUAUGUCAAAUCCAGCCUUGUCCAAAUAAUGUUGCAAGUUUCAAACAACAGCAAUGUUCAGCUUUCAAUGCCAAAGCAUUUAGUGGCCGAUAUUAUCACUGGGUUCCAUUGUAUCCAGAUGACUACAUUAAUAUUUCAAACAAGCCGUGUGACCUGCAGUGCACUACUACUGACGGAGAACGGCAGUUAAUGGUUACUGCUCAAGAUGGGACAUCUUGCCGAGACAGAACAUAUCAGGGUGUCUGUAUCACUGGCCGAUGUGAGCCCAUCGGAUGCGACGGCCUCCUUUAUUCCUCCAAAAGACUGGAUAAAUGUGGACUGUGUGGCGGCGAUGGCAGCACCUGUUUCCGGAUCUCAGGCACCUAUCGACGAGGCAUCACACACUUAGGUUACCUCUUUAUUACAAACAUUCCUGUUGGUGCUUCUGACAUCCAAAUAAUUGAACGGAGAAAAACAGAAAAUAUUCUAGCUCUUGCAGAUGAAGGUGGCUACUUUUUCUUUAAUGGGAACACAGCGAUUGACAAUCCUCGGAAUUUUCGAGUGGCCGGUACGGUGUUCAAGUACAGACGACCUGCGAAUCCGCUGUCUGAUGGCUUUGAAUACAUUAUUGCCCAAGGACCAACCAACCAAGGACUGAAUGUGAUGUACUACAACUUGAAUGGGAAGAUGCCACACGUAACGUAUGAGUACACGAUCCCGCGGCCACCUGUGUUGAAGUCUGCACCGCCCGAUCAGAGUCCUUUCUACUUCAGUGUUCCUGAGUCUAAGUAUGAAGAUGGUGACAACAACUGGCAUCAAGUCAAGCUCCACUCAGGCCCUAAUGCUCUGCAGUCCAACGUGAUCAGCCUAAGCCCGACACCCUGGAAUACAACAAGUACGUUGCACCACCCCCAUUUCCACAGUAGCUUUAGAAGCCCUUCCCAGCAGAACAGUCUGCGAGCGAUGUGUGGGAACAGUUCUCUGAAUACUGCUCUGCCCAUCCUCUGUACAGAACUUCAGGCCAACCUGUCAACGAGACUCGGAUCUGAAAAUUUCACCAGCCACUCCAGAAUUGGACCCAGCGGCCAGCAACUUGAGGAACCAAAGCAGGAGCGCAUACUUGAACGACUUCAUACGGACUCGGAGCCGGGUAUCAACACUGGAACUGAGGAGAGAUUUAGCUACAGCCUAUUAACUGAUUCACUUUACCCGCUUUCCAAUUCCACCUCAUUCCACCUCUUGAAUUUAGUUAAUAACCACAGGGCAGAGCCUGUGCAGUCACCAGACACUGAAAGCAUUGAGUUUGAAGGUGGGGAGAUUGACCAUGACAUCAGUCUGGCUGACAUGUACAGAUGGAAGGUAUCAGCGUACGCACCCUGCAGUUCCACAUGUACCACAGGGAUUACCACUUCUUAUGCUAUGUGUGUCAGGUAUGAUGGAGUGGAGGUGGACGAGUCUCACUGUGAUGCUGUUACCAGGCCUGAGCCAACACACGAGUUUUGUUUAGGAAGGGAAUGCCCUCCCAGGUGGGAGACUAGCAGAUGGAGUGAGUGUUCGCGGACCUGCGGGGAAGGCUAUCAGUUCAGGACAGUACGGUGCUGGAAGAUGAUUGCUCCUGGUUUUGACAGCUCCGUUUAUGACGAGUUGUGUGAAGGUGCCGAGCUGACCAGGCCCGUGGAGCGUAAACUCUGCAAAAACAAGGGGUGUGGGCCCCAGUGGGAGGUGUCGGAAUGGUCAGAGUGUUCAGCCCGGUGCGGAAGCAGAGGAGUGAUGAGACGGGAAGUGCGCUGCUCGGUGGAGCCUCGCCUGUGCAAUGAGUACACCAAGCCAAGCAACAAGAAGGAGUGCGCGGGCCCUCCGUGUGACCGGCGCUGGACUGCAUCGGACUGGGGGCCGUGUUCGGGAGCUUGUGGUGAGGGUCGGAUGAUGCGGUAUGUGGUUUGCAGAAACAACGAGGGGAAGGUCUUGCCAGAUUCACAGUGUGAUGCGACAGUGAAGCCCUUGGUGGUACACCCCUGUGGAGAUAAAGACUGCCCGCCUCACUGGGUGUCACAGGAGUGGGAGCAGUGCAAUGCCACUUGUGGUCGAGGUAGGAAGACCCGAAGGAUUCUGUGUGCCGGCUUGGAAAACGGAAUUUACAAGGAGUAUGAGGAGAGACAAUGCAGACACACCAAGAAGCCUGAUGAGGAGGCUGCCUGUUUUGAGAGGCCCUGCUCAAAGUGGUUCAAAACCUCCUGGUCGCAGUGUAGUAAGACCUGUGGCAGUGGUGUCAAAGUUCGGGAGGUGAAAUGCUACCAAGGCGAUGAGAUUGGACAAGGAUGUGAUCCAUCCACAAAACCAGAGACAAAAGAGACCUGUGAAGUUCAGCCCUGUCCUACAGAUGCACCAGAUGACAACUGUCAGGAUAAAGUGACGGCCAACUGUGCUCUGGUGCUGAAGGUGAAGCUGUGCACACACUGGUACUACAGGAAAGCCUGCUGCAGAUCUUGUAAGAACAGGGCAUAGAUCCACUGACAACUCAGUCCUGCAGGGAAGCUAUAGAAAAUUGGUUGGGAGGCAAGGUAAACCAGAAACAGUCCUCUGAACCAAGCUCAAAACAAAAUCACAGCACAUCCACCAUAACUUAUUGGAGUCACAAACUUUUACCACUCAUCCUCUUUUCUUCUUAGUUCCCAAGGUUGGCAGUGUGUCUUGCCUUAUUUCCCAAUCCCAGAUUCCACUAGUUCCUCAUUCUGCCCCAGUUCUGAGGUCUGCCCUCCUCAGACAACGGGCCUCGGACAUGGACACGGACACAUUCAAGUGUCGUCUUCACUCAUCAGGGCCGUGGGCUUUAAUCCAGAGCUCUCCUGUGACCCAUCUUCCAAAACAGCCAGCACUCCUGCUGUCCCACUGCCAGCUCACUGUGUAACGCUGUGGAGCAGUCAGUGUUGUCUGAGUGAGAGAUGUGGAGUCUGGGUUGAAAGGAUUAGCUGCUAUUUGACUAUUUCUAGUGAUCUUUUAACAACAGUAAUUCCAUGAUAUUCACAGGCAGUAAAAUAUCAUAAGGAGUCUUUGGCCUUUGUGAUGACAGGUUUGUAAAUAAUAAAAGUUAAAUGUUUAAAAGCUGACCUGGUACUAAUUUGAAUACCUUGACAUCUCCCACCAUUUGCAAGUACUGUAUUAGAUAUUGUUUACAAGCAUACCUAGAGCCAGAGAGUUAAUAUUGUACCAAGGUUUCUUCAGUCUCUCUACUCUUCCACAUACCUACUUCCCUCUCCAGCCCUCAGAAGAACUUGAGAAUGCAUUUUGUCUCCACUGCUCUGCAACCCAGGAGUGUGAAAGAGAUGCAGCCUCUCAUUUUUGACUCCUUCACUCUCCAUCCUGUCCAUUCAGCCUUGUAGUGUCCCACAGCAGCAUGCCUGAGUUUGGGAAUUUGUGGUUGAGGCUGCACCCUAGCACUGAAGGUCCCACGAUGCACGGCACUGCUGACAUACUUGCUCCCUAAAGAUAAUACACAGCAGGUGUAAAUAGCAAGAGGGAUUGUUGGGGGGAGGUCUGCUUCUGUGUUCAGUGUACUCUUCCCAGUUAACGACUUGACAAUCACCUUAGACUGGAGGAGGAGGAAUGAAUGAGUGAAUAGACACACACAUGCAGGACAGCGUUUUAUUGUAGGCAAGCAGGCCCUGCCCAGUGGCACAUCUGGCAAGUGACAAUGUGACUCCCUUUUGCAUGCAUUUUGGUUGCAAGUUUGCUUGCAGUCGGACUGUAAAUGAUGUGAAAAUUUUCUACAGUUUAAGCUGCUCCUGUUUCUGCUUUGGAAGGUAAAAUUAACAUUCCUUUUAAAUCUAAGUUUGUGUUGUGGCACCUUCAAUGCUAGGUUGUAUUUUGGUUAAAUCAACGUAGCUUUAAUAUCUGAUGACAGUGAAUGGAUGCUUCCGAGUGCUAAUUGUACAGCAGCCCUUUAGAAUAAUUUUACAAUGACAGAUCAUUGAUGUACUGUAGCUAUAUUAUUAGAAACAGCUGUACAG